GGGAAACUUCUACUCUUCAGCAGGCUCCCCUACUGCUGACUGACAGCUUGUGCUGCUUCUGCCCAGUGAAAAUGAGUUCCUGGUUAUUUAUCUGCACCUUUCUGGGAAUCACCUUCAUCCGCGAUGUCUCUUCCCAAACGUGUCUUUGCGCCCAGGGCUUUUGUGCAGGAGGCUGGGUGCAAUAUAAGUCUGCCUGCUACAAGGCUGUGAUGCAGCGAAAGACCUGGAAUGAUGCUGAGAUGUCUUGCCAGAGUUAUACUCCAAGCUCCCACUUGGCCUCCAUCCAUAGUAUGGAAGAAAAUGACUUCAUUUUUCUUUUGAUGGGCAAGCAAAUGAAUUAUGAGAAGAACGAGGCCUACUGGAUUGGUGCACAUGACACCUUCAAGGAGGGAAGCUUUGUGUGGACAGAUGGUUCCAAAUUUGAUUUCCACUCAUAUCCUCUUGGUCAGCCUGAUGGAUUGGCAGGAGAAAACUACCUUGGCUCCUGGUUUUUACAAAACGGACAUAUCACCUGGAACGAUUACGCCAAUUCAUGGACACUCUCAUUUGUUUGCAAAUACUCUCUAGCAAAUAGAGGGUGCUCUUCUUGUGACAAGAAAUGAUGGACACACAAGAUGCAGAAGGCUUAUUUCUACCCUUGAAGAUUAUUUUGUAAUGCUUUACUUCUCUGUAGCAACUUUCUAGAACAUUGUGCUUUUUGAAACUUGUUUCAAUGUAGAUCAA